UGAUUAUUGGAUGAGCGCGGCCUCAAGGAUGAAAAUGCUGAAUGCACAGAAGAGGGUGGCUGACUCACACAACCGAAAAGGCCGGAUCCGUUCAAAUCCAAGGAAAGUAAAAAAGCCCAAGCAACAAUACAAAACAGCGCCCGAACUCGUCAAGUACUGCUUGCGUUCGACUCCGGCUAUAUUUGAAAGUAAAAGUAAAUUUUGUUCAGAGGAGCAGAACUGCUGAAUUCGAACCGCAAGUACCGCUUUGUAAGUGUUGUUGCCGAGCCAAGCAUCGCCUCGUUUAUAUCUCCUCGUAAGUACUACCUUUUCGUUAUUCUUUUGUCUGCGAGAUAUGGCUUUUAUUAGAGCGCCGAAGAACGGUUUACCGUCCGACGGAGGAGAUAGAAAAUAAGAAAAAAGUUCACGAGAGUUGUUAUCCUUGACUCUAGAGACACAUCUCGUGAAAUGACUUAUUUAUACUGUUAGGUCUGAGGUGUUAUUCACCAACUAGUUUUAGUAAUAAUUGUGUUAUAGACAUGAGGUAAGAGGCCAGUGCAAUAUCCACAAAUUCAGUUUAUUUUGAGUGAGUGUACUGUGUACUACUAGCGGUACAUUUUUAUGCAAUUAUGAAAGUGUCGAGAGUUUAUAAUGAAAAAUGUCUUCAAUGAACGAACGAAAAAUAAAGGAUGUGAGGGAUAUCUGGAAUGUUAGCAGAGAUUCGGAAAGCAACAAGGAGAACCCAAAGAUUCCUGAAGGCAAUGGGAUCGACACCAGAUCCAAGCACAAGUAUAAGACUUUAGAGAGACAUCUGAGCAUGAAAAAGACCAUUCGGCGGAAGAUGAUGAGGGACUUGAGAGAAAUCGGCGACGCGACUGAAGCGAAUGCGCAAAGUGAGACUGCAGGAUUCCUGGAGCAGAUCAAGAAUGACCAACCUCCGCCCGCGAAUAUCGAUAAGCCUAGCUUAUGGAAACGGUUGACUAAAGGAUGGGGACAUUGAUGCUUGAACCCGACGCCAUGGUAUUCUGCAGCCGAUUAUAAUUUAAGACGAAACGUAAUUUAUUCAGACAGAACGUAGACCUUAUGUGGAGACAAAUGAAUUUGUUCAUCGGACUGGAAGCAACCACUUCUUAGGGGAGGUUCUUCUUUGGCGUUUGUUGAUCUUUGGCGUCCGGUAUAAAGGUUUGUUUUGGUUUCAUUUAUUUUAGACUCUCAAAGAGAUAUUUAAUUUUUUAAUAUAGGUUCUCCAGGAUAGUUGGCCAGCUAUAUACUGGGCGAAAAAUAGUAGUUUUAAAUGCAUAUUUUUAUACAUUAUAUAGGCAUCAGCAAAACGGGGAUGUUGGACAAGUUAUAUACAUUACAUCAACAAAAUAUAUUUUCAAAGCUCUAGAAAAUCCUUAUACAGACAGCUAAGAGCAGUUAUCAUGCAAUUUGAGUCCUAUGAGUAUUAUUUUGCUAAAGAUAGAAUCAAUUCCACAUCUAGUUUGCUGUGUUUAUAAGUAAAUGUGAAUUCUUAUUGUGUUCAGUAGCAUAUUUUUCACCUAAGUGACUUAUUGCGCAGGCAGCAACUCAGGCUACUUGAUUUUUGCGCACAGUAUAUGUCGGUAAUAGUGAUAUUAGCUUUCCUUAUGGCUUCUUAGCUUUAAUAUUUAGGUUCUCAUUAUUUGUUUAUGAUUUACUACAACUGUCUGUAAUGUGGAAUAGAUACCACGUAACAGAAAUAUGUUGCUUUUAGCGUUUUUAUAUAUACUGUUUUUUUUUGUUUUCCAAAUACUCUGGUCUUUGUAUAUAAAAGAAUUACACCUUCCUUUGUUUUAUCUUAUUCAGUAGCGAAUAUAUUUUAUUAGUUUAUAAUUUGUUGUUCUGUUGUCAAAGUAUAUGCAUACAAAGGAGUUCUGGUCAAUUGAGUGGAUAAAUUUCAGUCUUGGCUCCAGCUUUCAGAGCUGAGAUAUUUGGAUACUCUUGAAACACCUUUUAAAUCUGUAAUUGAUAGAAUUAUGUCCUUGAAUGUUCAGCUAAAAGACUUAAAAGAGCGUUUCUGAUUAUUGUUCGUUAAAGUCUGUAUCAUCUGUUAAGUAAAUGGCGUCAAGCAGACUGACUCUAUACUUAUUCCUACGCUUCCGUUCAAAUUCGCAAAAUCCAAAGCAAAGCUUGAUAAAAUAUGUGUACUUUAUUACGAUAUACCGUAAACCUCUACAUAUCAAACUAUACUCGAAGAAAAUAAGUCUAUCACAUUUCUGCUACAAUGGUAGAUGUAUGGAAAAUAUGUGUGCUAUUGACGGCUUCUUAAUAACAAAACCGCUUUCAUUGAUACCAAAAAUGCAACAUUUACAACUGUUCACCCUUUACAUUUCCAAGCCCGCAAUUUUCAACGACUCCAUAAAAUUUCAGGGAUCUCUAAAAUACACAUAAUCAAUUUUCAAUACCUACAAAGCCUUUUGGUUUUUAGGAUAGUAUGCAUCUUGAGUCAAAAUCUCAUCAAAGGGGUACUUUCCGUGUUAUACACGCUGAAGUGAUACCAAUUCCUAAUACCCAAAUAAUGCCCGAUUAAAAACACUUUAAACACAUCCCCACAAUUGGCAGUCGGACGGUUGUCAGUGUCAAACCAGGAAGUAAAAAAAAACUCAGUUUUGUAACCCCUUUUACAUUAGCUGAAAGCAGACUAUUCUUGUCUCUAAGUUGUCUAUUUUUAAUACCCGCUGCCUUCAGUGCAUGGUAAGCCAGUUUGAAAUGCCAGUUGGAAUUUAGGGCAUGAUAAAUACAUGGUCAAUGCACAGGUAUUUAGUGGGUCCAACCGUUGUCCAACCGACUAUAUCUUAAUCAUACAAUGAAACGUCGGUUUAACCAUCUCUUUUGCUUGGACGAGAAGUCGUAAUCGUAAGUUAUAUCUUCUGGAAAAUACGGACAAAAACCUCCGUGUCGUAUGUUCAUGUAACUUCUUUGAUUGACAGAAUAAAGUAAACAAAUCAUAGAAUAUUUCAAGAAGAUGAUACAUUGUCUAAAAUAGCAUAAUUUGAUAUGAAUUUCUAGGAUUAUAUAUGUUCAUAAAUUUUAAUCCAAAACACAGAAUUGACCAGUCCUCUAUGUUUUGUUACGAAAUGAUGUAUUUUUAUAGUAAUAUGUACACUGACGUGUAUCUAUAUAUACCUUUUGUACAUUUUUAUACAAAUCAGCAAAAUCCGAGUAUUGUGAAAAAUGGCGUGAUGCAAAAAAUUUGAAAUAACAGUGUUUUACAAGCUGUGAAAUGUAGGUCAAACUACACACUUUUUAACAGUUUCUAAUAUUGUUUUGCUUUAAUAUAUAAAUGAAACAUUUAUA